AUGCAUUUCUUCCCGUGGGGAUUUUGGCUUCUGUGUGUCGCCGCCUCCUCGGCUCGGGGUGACAGUGGCAGCAAAGCGAAGAGCUGCACCGAGGUCCGGCAGUUUUAUGCGACCAAAGGAUUCAGCCUGCACGGGGUACCCCAGGCGGAGAUCUCAGGGGAACACCUGAGAAUCUGCCCGCAGGGCUACACCUGCUGCACCAGCGAGAUGGAGGAGAAUUUCGCAAAAAAAAGCCAAAGUGAAUUUGAAGACAUGAUGACAGAAGCCAGCCGCUCUGCACAGGUGACCCUAACAUCUCAGUACAAAAACUUUGAUGGUUAUUUCCAGGAUUUGUUGAACAAGUCAGAGAAGGCCCUCUAUGACACUUUUCCUAGCACAUAUGGAGAGCUGUACAGCCAGAACGUCAAGCUCUUCAAGGACUUGUACAGCGAGCUGCGGCGCUAUUACCGGGGCUCCAACAUCAACCUGGAAGAGGCCCUCAACGAGUUCUGGACGCGCCUGCUGGAGCGCCUCUUCAAGCUGAUGAAUCCCCAGUACCACAUCACUGACGAGUACCUGGACUGCAUGGUGAAACACUCCGAGCAGCACAAGCCCUUUGGAGAAGUUCCGAGGGACCUGAAACUGAAGGCGACGAGAGCUUUCAUCGCAGUGCGCUCCUAUGUGCAGGGGCUUAGCGUGGGCAGUGAUGUUGUCAAAAAGGUCUCUCAGGUGUCUCUUAGCCAUGAGUGCACUCGUGCCAUAAUGAAGCUGGUGUACUGUCCGUAUUGCCGGGGCAUGUCUAGUGUGAAGCCGUGCAACAACUACUGUCACAACGUCAUGAAGGGCUGCCUGGCCAAUCAAGCAGACCUGGACACGGAAUGGAGGAACCUGAUUGAUUCUAUGCUGCUGGUGGCUGACCGGUUUGAUGGACCAUCCAAUGUAGACACUGUAAUUGGUACCAUUCACACCCGGAUUGCUGAAGCCAUUUCUAACAUGCAGGAAAACAGAGAGUCUAUCACAGCCAAGGUUUUCCAAGGUUGUGGAAAUCCCAAAAUCAGCACAAAAGCAUCCAGUGGAGAGGAUAAGAAAAGAAGGGGAAAAGCUGUCACCGACGAUAAAUCCUCAGGGCUUGGACUGGAGAAGCUAGUUUCUGAUGCCAAAGGGAAGCUGAGAGAUAUCAAGGAUUACUGGGUUGCCCUUCCAAGCACACUUUGCAAUGAGAAAAUAACAUCCGGCUCGGUGAAUGAGGACAAGUGCUGGAACGGAAUGGCCAAGGGGAGGUAUUUACCAGAGGUGAUGGGAGAUGGUCUGGCCAAUCAGAUUAAUAAUCCAGAGGUAGAGGUGGACAUCACCAAGCCAGAUAUGACCAUUCGUCAGCAAAUCAUGCAGCUGAAGAUCAUGACAAACCGACUGCGCAAUGCUUACAAUGGGAAUGAUGUGGACUUCCAGGAUGCUAGUGAUGACAUCAGUGGCUCUGGGAGCGGUGAUGGCUGCCCUGAUGAGGUCUGCGGCAAAAGACUUUCCAAGAACCCCAGCACCAGGCAGCCAGAAGUACAUGCUAUUCCUAACCAGUCUGGACGUGGCAUAAAUGGGGCCAGCAGCAAAUUUUUGCCUUCCUCCUUCCUAAUCUUCCUUUCUGUGGCUGUUAUUGCAACGCAAUACUUGCGGCGGUAACUUACUUGCACAGCCAUGAAAGAGACUGUGGCUG